AGUGGGACGGGCAAAAGCGGGUCCACCCUGGUCCCGGUCCGCACUCUGAAUGAGCGCUCCGAUCAGACCAGGUGGAACACCGCGCGGCGCGCACGGACGCACGGAAAAAUAAGGAUUCCGGCAACGAAUCUCCACGGAGUUAUUGUUUAACUGGUUUAUUUUAAACUUUCUCAGGUUAAAUAAGACCGUCUGUUUGACCCAGUAAAUCCAUAAAAUAGUCAUCAUGAUCAGAAGCUCAACCAUCUGCCUCGUUCUUCUCCUGUCCUGUGUUUGCUGGGCUCAACGUAAGGGAUCAAAAAAGCCAAAGCAAGUUGUGCCAGACAUAGAGUGUGAUGUCAGAGCAGGAAAGAUUAAUCUCCCAGAAUUCAUCGUCAAAUGUCCUGCAAAGUGUAAGGAGACCAAGCAACAAGUGUAUGGAACACAAGUGUUCGCAUCCAUCUCCAGCAUCUGUAACGCAGCCAUCCACAGCGGAGUCAUCACCAACUCAGGAGGAAAAGUGAUUGUGAAGAAGAUGGCUGGACAGAAUAUCUACAAAGGCAGCAACUCCAACGGUGUUCGCUCAUUGUCUCUGCCUAAGUGGAGGGAGUCUUUUGUUGUUUCAGUGGGGAAGCCUAAGAAAGGAGUGAUCUACCCAUCAACGCUGGAUUACGUCCCUUCAAGGCCAACUUACGUAAAAACAAGUCAAAAGGAGGAGUUCACCAAAGCAGUGCCUACAACAACCACACCUGAACCCACCACUACAACCACCCCUGAACCUACAACCACCACCACCACACCGGCCACCACCACGACCACCACAACAACGCCGCCGCCGCCACCGCCGCCCACUACUGCAAAGGCUCGUGCUGCUGUCCACAAAAUCAGGGACACAGGCAGCAGUCACCCGUACCUGGCCGCUGUGGCAGCCGCAAGUUCAAGAAAGACACAGACUGGUCAAGGAAUGAGUUCCAGUCAAGUAUUUAGAGGAAGCGCCUAUCCAAAUCGAUUCCCACAACGUACCAGUGCAGGUCUGCGCAGACCAGAGGCAGGGUCAGCAAUCAGGAGACAACCAGCUGCUCCGGUUGGUUCAGCAGUUAACAGGGUUCAGCCAGCCCCACCAGCACGGACACCAACCACGGGACAGUCCAACCCCUCGUUUCCCAAAAGGGACUGGGCGCCACCCUCCUUUUCUCGUCCAGAUUGGGUUCCUGGAGCUAGACGGCCGACAGAUGUUAGUUAUGCAGCUCCAGACUCAGGAUACACUUGGAGUGAAGUGGACACACCUGAGAUCACAGCACGUGAUCACAGGACUGAUAUGUCAGAGUAUGAACGCUGGUAUUAUAACUUUGGACCGAACCCGCCCCGCUCUGACUCAGAUGGUGCCCCCAAAGCCCCACCGGAUCCAAGCCGUGCGAGAGCGGAGCCCGUGGAUGUGUGGAAGACAGACGCAAACAUUUAUGAAUCAGGCUUCAAUUUGCGAGAGCAGGAACCUGUACCCAGAGCACCGGAGCCCGUGACACAGGGAGACCCAAACUGUAAGGUGGACUUGGCCUUCCUGAUGGAUGGAAGUUGGAGUAUUGGAAAGCGACGCUUCAAGAUCCAGAAGGACUUCCUGGCUGAUGUGGCUCAGAUGAUCAACGUGGGUGUGGCUGGACCCAUGAUGGGCAUUAUCCAAUAUGGGGAUGACCCUGUGACUGAGAUCAGCCUGAAGACCUUCUCCAACUCCAGAGACGUAAAAUCUGCCGUGGAUAAGAUCGUCCAGAAAGGAGGCUUGUCCAACGUGGGAAAAGCCCUCUCCUACAUCAACAAGCAGUACUUCAGCGAUACCAAUGGCAACCGAGGAGGAGCUCCCAAUGUGGCUGUGGUGCUGGUGGAUGGUUGGCCCACAGAUAAGGUGGAGGAGGCGUCUCGACUUGCUCGGGAGUCUGGCAUCAACAUCUUCUUUGUCACCAUCGAGGGCCCUGAUGACAGUGAGAAACACAACCUGGUUGAAACCAACUUUGUAGACAAGGCGGUGUGUCGGACAAAUGGCUUCUUCUCCUUGCCCGUGUCCAGCUGGUUUGCCCUGAGGAAGGCCGUGCAACCGCUGGUGAAACGGCUGUGUGACACUGAUCGCCUGGUGUGCAGUAAGACCUGCCUCAACGCCAAUGACAUCGCCUUUGUCAUUGAUGGCUCUAGCAGCGUGGGAACUGGCAACUUCCGCACAGUCUUGCAGUUUGUGGCCAAUGUUACACGGGAGUUUGAGAUCUCCGACACCGACACUCGUGUCGGCGCUGUGCAGUACACCUAUGAGCAAAGAUUGGAGUUUGCCUUUGGGCAAUACAACAACAAGGCCGAACUGCUAAACGCCAUCAAACGCAUCAACUACUGGAGUGGCGGCACCAGCACUGGUGCUGCAAUCACCUAUGCAGCUGAGCAGCUCUUCAGCAAAUCUAAACCCAACAAACGCAAGAUCAUGAUUGUUAUAACAGAUGGCCGCUCCUAUGAUGACGUCAGAGCACCAGCACUGGCUGUCCAUCGCCAAGGUGUCAUCGCCUACUCCAUCGGCAUCGCCUGGGCAGCCCAAGACGAGCUGGAGUACAUCGCCACCGACCCCGACAAGGAGCACUCCUUCUUCGUGGAUGAGUUCGAUAACCUGUACAAGUUCGUACCCAAGAUCAUCCACAACAUCUGUCAGGAGUUCAACUCGCAGCCCAGAAACUGAGGACGACAGCACAGACAUGCCAAAGGAGGCUCACCACAACGAUUAAACAUAAAGGCAAUCAUUGUGUUGCUUAGAGGGCGGUGAUGGAUUAGAGCAGGGAGGGUAUCUGAAUUUAGUUGAAGAAUCUUAACAUAAUUGAUUCAUAAAUAUACAAGUCAUGGUCAUGGUAAAGGGUUCAUAUGCACGUUGGCUCUUCCACAGUGAUGUCUAAUAGUAAACUCUGGCUGUUCACUGUCUGCGCCACAGAGAGAACAUUAUACUACUAAUCAUUUAAUGAUUAACGUUAAGCUACCUUACUGGGAUAUGGUGCUGUAGAUCUUAAAUACGCCAAGCAUUUCCGCUUAAGGCCUAACACACUUCAUAUGGUGCUUUCUUUACAAUUCUCUGUAAAGAGGACAUACAUUUUAGAACCUGUGCAUUUUGAUCUUCGUAAUAGGAGAGACUUGAUCACAGGGACAUUGUUAAAGUUCCUCACAUAGACUACGGUGCUGAUAUUAUGGUGGAUGCAGAAUGUCAUCAUACCCGUGGGAUUUUACAUGCUUUAAUUUCUUGAUGCCAUUUACAAACAAGAGUAAUCAGGAGAUGACAUAUCCCCCCGGUCCCCACAAAUCAGUAAUACAAAGUGUCGGGAAUAUGAAUGAAAUUGGUCAGUUGGUUCUUGAGAUAUCGCACUAACAAGGGUGGCAAUGCCAAUAUCUUUUUUUUUUUUUUACUUUUUUUUUUUAAAGAAGUUUUAUGGCAUACAUAAACAACAAACGUCUGCAGGCACAGGAGUACAAACAAAAAGAUAUUUUUUACAGUUCGUCAACAUUGUCAGUGUCCUUGGAUUGUACAAAACAGUCCCAUCUUUUCCAAUACUUUUCUUUGUGUUGUUGUAGGUGAAGGCGGAAUGUUAUAAGUUCCAUUGUUCUUAUGUGUGUCACAAUUUGUAUUAGGAGAGACAUUGAAGGAAUGUCUUUUUGAGCCAACACUUAGUGAUGGCUUUCUUUGCCGCAACAAGAAUAAUCCUUAGUAGGUACAAGUCCAUUUGACCUAAUCCUUUUGGAGAGACACAGAGGAACAAUGAGCAAAAUGACAGGUCCAAAUGAAUACCCAGUACUGAGUGAAUCAUACUUAUUACCUCCUUCCAAAAACGAACGAUGGCAGGGCAUGACCAAAAUAUAUGAACUUGAUCUGCUUCGAUAGAUCUACAUUCCCUCCAGCAAGAGAACUGAAUUCCCAUGACUUUUGAUUUCCUAAUAGGAGUAAUGAAAAAACGAACUAAACUUUUCCAGCAGAAGUCUCUCCAGAUAGGCGAGUUUGUUGUACAAUUUUGAGACUUCCAUCCCUCCAACCAGAGUUCUUCUGGUAUUUCAACUUUCAAAUCUUUAUCCCAUUGUUUUUUCACAUGAAGGUACAUUUCGUUAUUAGUUGAAUUCAGAAUCUUAUAAAUUCUUCGUACAAUUUUUUGUUAUUACACCCUUUGUAGAUAUCAACAAAGACCUGAACUAGGUUGGAGGGAUUUCCAGAUGAGACACAUUGUAUUUCCUUAACCAAAUAAUGGCGUAGUUGGAGAUAUCUGAAAAAGUCAUGUUUACCAAGACCAAAUCUGAGUGAAAGAUUCUGGAAACUGUCCAUCUGGCCUUUAGAAAUGAUACUGCUAAGGACUCUUAAACCUAAUUGGGACCAUUGUUUAAAUCUAAAAUCAUGGACUGCUGGUGCAAAGUGUGGGUCACACAGUGGCCAUCCCAGGAUUUUAACUUGUCUUUGGAGA